GUCACAAGCAGAACCUCCCACUACUUGUCAUUGUCACGCUAGGAAGGGUUUAUAUUUGUCGAGUAUUUUGCGUCUUUUCCUCAUUGUUUUGACUUGAAUUACAAAGCAGAUGUAAUUUCAAUUGGCGGUUGUUGUAUUUACUACUAUAAUAAUGGCAUCAGAAGUAAGUCUUAAAAACGUGGACAAUGCCUGUCAAACAGCAGAGGAAUUCACAAAGCUGUAUUACAAACAACUCGACAAUCACCGACAUUUAAUUUCAAAAAUGUACCUCGAUACUGGAUUGCUAGUCUGGAAUGGAAAUGGAAUUACAGGGAAUGACAAAAUAAUGAAAUUUCUUAUGGAUCUACCGGGAAGUACCCAUGUUUUAAAAACCCUGGACGCCCAGCCCAUAGCAGAAAGUUUAGUCGCAAAUAAACUGACCUACCUCAUACAAGCUUGCGGCGAUGUAACAUAUCAAAAUGAUAACACAAGGAAGCACUUUCAACAGACAUUUCUCAUAGUAGCUGUGGAUUCAAAAUGGAAAAUAGUUUCAGAGUGUUUCAGACUUCAAAUUCCACAUAAUAGUUAAUGUCGUUUAUGUGUGGAUUGCUAUUGAAAUUGCAAUGUUUUAUGUUUAAGGUAAUGAAGAAAACAAUAAACAAUUUAUAACU